AGCAGACGUUAGACGACGCAGAGAACGGAAGUAUUGUCGUUAUUCUUAUGAUGACAGCUGACUCACUUGUUUACAUUGACUGAACUUUGACUCAGCGCGAGGAAUUCAACGUGUAUCGCUUCAGUCCAGCUCCAGUCACAGGUGUAUUAGCCAGGUUAGCUCUGACCUGGUUCAGAUGCAGCGGGUGAGCGAGGCCUUCAGCCUGGAUGAUGACAUGGUGGAUGGAGACCUGGGCGAUGGGAUGAGCUUCUGUGGCCUCCCAGAGUCUCCAGUGGUGCGAGCAGGUGUGCUGCACUGCAGCUCCCAGGCAGGAGAGAUGACCUGGAGACUGAAGACACAGCAGAGAGUGAGCUGGAGGCUUCCACGCUGCGCUUCUCUGAACGACCUGUCCAAAGAUGAGCUGAAAGACAGACUGCAGGAAGCGAGUGAGGUGAUCGACGUGCUGUGCUGUGAACUGGAAGUGGCACAUCGUUACCUGGAGGGAAAAUAUCAGGCUCUGAAGAUCUUACAGGGAAAGUGUGUAGGUCUGAUGUUCUCAGUGCAGGGAGUAGACAAGUCAAGGUGGCUCAACUGUCAUGUGAAAAUACCCCAUGCACUGUUGUCGUCCUCCACCAUGCGUCUCGGCGUCUGCUCCUUCCUGUCAGACAUGCUGGACACCUCCAGUAACGUCUGCUUCUGCUGGACCGAGGGCAAGGUAGAGUCACGCCGCCUCCACCCGCCCUGCUGCUGUGCUCAAAAGCAAGGCAGCGGCAGCGGCAGCAGCAGCAGCAGCAGCAGUGGUGCUUACGCCCUCUGGGUGUUGCUGUGUGUGCUGCACACACUUAUUUGA